AUGGCGUGUCCAGGGGUCGCAAAUCAUUUUCCGCUGACGCCAAACCAGUCUAACAUAAUGAACAUUAUGGAAUUUAAUUCCAGCGAGGCCGGCGCCAUAUUUAUGGUAGAUAUUGAACAGGAUAUAUGGCAAAUGAGCAGACACUACUUGAUGGUAAGCCAUCGACGCUGCCCAUGGACACCCGAAACACCUAAGGAGUAUGUGUGCUUUGUCGGCCUUUCGGGUAUAAGGGUUUUGGAGAUUAAGGGAUUGGGGGAGGAGAAGAAGAACCUACCUUACCAACGGAACCUCACUCUCACGAUCAAACACAUUGUUGUGGUUGUUUCACGUCAGUUCUCUGUGAGGCCGCGGUAUCACACUGGUCGAGCCGUCCGUCAAGGCAUGGCGCUUCCACACUAG